AUGAAGAUCACACUCCCAACUUUGUUAGGGUUUGCAGUUUCGGCUGCAGCUGCAUCUGCCAAUCUCCAUAUAAAAACCUCUAGCGGUACAGUCCAAGGAGGCGUGAACAGCACAUAUCCCCAUGUCCGUCAAUUCCUGGGAAUUCCUUUCGCCCAGCCUCCCGUUGGAGAGCGUCGCUGGCUUCCUCCCCAGUCACUCCCCGCAAGUGCAACUUCGAAACAUGUCGAUGCGACCACCAUGCCUCCUGCCUGUCCGCAAAUUACGACCGGUACGGUAUUUGCGGAAUAUGAACCGGAAAUCAUCAUCGCUGGUGGUAUGAGCGAGGACUGUUUGACUUUGAGUAUCUGGGCUCCCAACAAUGGCAAGACUGACUUGCCCGUUAUCAUCUGGUUCUACGGAGGUGAAUGGGUCUCUGGAGGAACAGACGUGCCUGCAUGGUAUCCGGCUCCCUGGAUAGAGCGCUCCCAAGAGCACAUUCUGGUCGCUGUGCAAUAUCGUGUGAAUAUGUUCGGCUUCCCUGCUUCAAGGGCUCUUAAAGAGCAAAACCUGGGUAUUUUGGACCAGCGUGCCGGCAUUGAAUGGGUGCACAAGAAUAUCGCUCAUUUCGGAGGUAAUCCCGAGCAGAUGAUCCUCUGGGGCCAGAGUGCAGGCGCAGGCAGUGUUGACAUUCAGAACUUUGCUUAUCCUGAUGACCCCAUUGUCCAAGGGUUCGCCGCCAACUCUGGCUCCGUUUUCCUCACGCUUGGAACACGUUCGACAGACACCGCGGGAACGAACUUCUCGUCGGUUGCUUCACACUUUGGCUGCUCAGGUUCGGCUCAGCACGAGCUGAACUGCUUGCGCAAAGUUCCCGCAUCCAAUAUCACCGCUUAUCUUGGUACCUCAAAUGGUCACAGCCUGACUUUUGCUCCUUUCAUCGACGACCGACUCGUCUUCAAUAACUAUACUGAGCGCUAUCUGGGCAAGCACCUCUCCAACAAGCCUGCCAUCUUCGGUUCCAACCUCGACGAGGGCACUCUGUGGUAUGAUGCCACCGACAGUGCCGCAGCCAAGGCUAUGACCUUAUCUACCUUUGAAUGUCCUGUUCCAUACUCGACCGCCCUCCGACAGUCCCUCGGUUUGACUACCUACCGCUACCAGUACCGCGGGAAUUUCACCAAUAUUUCGCCCGAAUCCGGGCUAGGUGCUUAUCAUACAGCUGAGUUGCCGCUCAUUUUUGGCACUUCCAGCAUCUAUGGCGCCGACACUCACUUCGAGAAGGUUUCCAGUGCCAAGAUGCAAGAUUUGUGGCUGGCCUUUGCGAAGAAUCCCGCGAGCGGACUGUCAAAGCAAGGCUGGCCCAAGUCGACCAGUGGAGAGGUCUUGCUGUUGGCCAACACUGCCAAUCAGAAAGUCUCUGCCUUAGUAGCUGACAGUGUCAUUGACGAUGCUUGCACCAGCUACUAUGCUUCAUAUUUGGUUUAA